AUGGUUCCUAAUUUUCUGAUUAUAAGAUUUACUGCAACUGCAUAUGCAUCAUCAUUCACACACUACAACAAUAAGGGAACCCAAAUCCUAUUGGGUUCUCUUCUGCUACACAAACACAAUGCUUCACUUCAUCUUUUCAGAUCAUUCACCUCUGAUAUAAACAACCAUAAAGGUGACACCUUUACUGUGUCUUACCUCGUAAACUCAUGUGGGGUGUCCCCAGAAUUGGCCAAGAAACUCUCCAUAAAGGUGCAUUUGAAAAACCCAGAUGGCCCAAAUGCUGUUCUUGAUCUUCUCAAGGCCUAUGGGUUCUCCAAAACCCAUGUUGCAAAUCUUGUGGCUAAAUAUCCAGAGGUGCUUACUGCAAAGGCCGAUAAUACCCUUUUGCCUAAACUCAAGUUCUUUCAUUCUGUUGGAGUUUCCAACACUGACAUGCCUAAGAUUAUAAUCCGUAACUACCUUAUUUUGCGGAGAAGUUUGGAAAAGUGCCUCAUCCCACGUUACGAGUUACUUAGAAGUGUGGUUCGCAAUGAUGAGGAAGUUGUUAGAGUUUUGAGAAGCGACCCAUUUGGUUUUACAUAUUGUGAAACAAGGAAUCAUUUGGUUCGAAACAUUGAGGUUUUGAGGCAAUGUGGUGUGCCACAAGCUUCCAUUUCUCUCCUUGUGGUCCAUUUUCCCUCCGUGUCCAAUGCAAAGCAUUCCAAAUUUGUGGAAGCUAUAAAAAUAGUUGAGGAAAUUGGGUUCGAUCCUUUGAAAACAUCUUUUGUCCAGGGUCUCCAAGUGCUUUUACAUCUGAGUAAAGUGAGAUGGGAGACGAAAUUUGAGGUUUAUGAGAGGUGGGGCUGGGACCGCGAAAUGGCCCUUCGAGCAUUUAUAAAGUUUCCCACUUUUAUGGCUUUGUCAGAGAAGAUAGUUACGGAAAAAAUGAAUUUUCUAGUGAAUGAUAUGGGUUUGACAUCAGAAAAUAUUGCUGAAUAUCCUCCAAUUCUGGCCUACAACUUGAAGAAGAGGAUUAUCCCUAGAUUCUCAGUAAUUAAAAUCUUGGUAUCUAAAGGUCUGCUUGAGAAUAACUUGCACUUCAGUUCCUUCAUAUGCUUAAGUGAGGAAAAGUUUUUGAAGAAAUUUGUCAACAACUUUCAGAAAGAUUUGCCUCAUUUACAAGAUGUAUACACAGAUUUGAUCAAUUGUGAGAAUGUGAUAUAG